AUGACAGGAAGUUUUUUUGUUACCUUUGUAUAUGGGUUUAAUGAUGGGAAAUUGAGGGAUCAAUUAUGGUUGGAUAUUCAGGAAUUAGCCUUGAAGAUUGAUGAGCCUUGGAUGAUCUUGGGAGAUUAUAAUGAAAUCUUGCAUCAGAAUGAGAGAGUUGGCAAGAGAACUAUUAUGAAACCUUCCUUGAGCCUCCGCGAUUGCAUGAAUACUUGUCAAAUGGAAGAUUUGAAAUAUUCAGGGUGUUUUUAUACAUGGACAAAUAAACAAAGGCCUGAGGAUCGUGUUUACUCUAAAAUUGACAGGGCUAUGGUUAACAUCAAGUGGACAGAUCAAUAUCCGAAUUCUGAGGCUGUUUUUCUCCCUGAAGGUAUCUUUGAUCACAGUCCCAUUCUUAUUUCUUUUUAUUUGGCUGUAGAAAUUGGUAAGCAACCAUUAAGGUAUUUCAGAAUGUGGAAGGAGGCUUCAUCAUAUGCAACUAAAGUGAGCACUCACUGGAAUCAAGCAGCAUCCGGUACUGCAAUGUAUAAAUUAGUCCUGAAGUUGAAAAGGCUUAAACAGGUAUUCCGAGAAAUCAAUCGAGAAGGAUAUCAUGAUAUUCACAAGGCUGAAGUUCAAGCUAAGCUCUACAUGCUGGAAAUUCAACAAAGCUUGCAUCAGGAUCCUCUCAAUGAGUCCUUAAUUCAACAGGAGGCGUUGGCUAGGGAAGAGUUUACCCGAUUAAACAGAGCAUACCUGAUAUUCUUAGCACAGAAAGCCAAAAAUAGCUGGGUGAUGAAUGGGGAUGAAAACACUGCUAUUUUUCAUGCCUCAUUGAAAGCUAGAAGGAUUCAAAAUUGCAUUUACUCUAUACACACUGAGAAAGGCACCUGGGUGGAUACAGCGGAUGGUGUACAGAGAGCAUUUUUAGAAUAUUAUCAAAACUUAUUGGGGACUCAAUUGCAAAGUAGGAGGAAGGUAUCACAGGUUAUUGUUGAUUUAGGUCUUGGAAUUUCUGAGGAGCAUUCUAGGCUGCUGACAGAUUCUUUUACAACUCAGGAAGUUAAAGAGGCAUUAUUCUCCAUUCCAGGUCUAAAGGCUCCUGGUCCUGAUGGAUAUUGCAAUUUUUUUUAUUAG